CUAUGGAAAGUGGCCAGGAAAACAGAAUUACGUGUUCCCAGCUGGAAACAACUCAAACAGUCAUUUUUCAACCCCAAGCUGUCCAGGGUUACACAACCAGCAAAUUCGGCCAAUGGAAUUCUGACACCUUUGACUGUUUUCGGGACGUGGGCAUCUGUCUUUGUGGUGCAUUCUUUCCUAUGUGUGUGGCUUGUAAAGUAGCUCAGGAUUAUGGAGAGUGCUGUUGUCUGCCGUUAAUGGGCGGCACCAUUCUGGCCCUGAGGACCGGCAUUAGAGAGAGAUACCAUAUUCAGGGCACUAUCUGCACUGACUGUCUGUGUGUCACAUUCUGUGGCCCGUGCGCUCUUUGCCAAAUGGCUCGGGAACUAGAAUCCAGAAGGUGAAAAUACAGUUAGAAGACAGCUGGGAGGGGAAGGUCUGCAACAUUAGCUGAAACAGCUGAAAAUCGGAACAUCCCAAUUGAUGGAUCAGAUGGUUUAGUUCCGACAGCAACUACUCUGUUGUGCCUAAAUACAGACACUAUCCUGCACUAUGUCAUAACCACUUGGUGCCAUAACUUAACUAGAACCCCUAUAGCACAACACUGGUAGCAAGUAAUUGUCACGUUGGAAAAUUACCAUUAUGAAGGUAUGCUGGCAGCUUUUCAAUAUGGAAAAAAUUAUAAAACAUGGCAUCUAUGGACGUUACCCAUGUCAUUUAGACUUCAUUUACCAAAAAACAUACGCCAUGCCACCAUUUGUGUUUCCUUAUCCCCCCUUUUAUUAACCCUUUCUUCUUUUCUUUAGCCUCUCGUCUCCUUACUACCACAUUUAUUGUUGUAAUAGAAGGGUAAAUAAUGUGACACAUAAAGUAUUAUUUUCUAAAUAAAACCCAAUAAAAAUGAUUGGAA